ACACGCCUUUCUUUCUUUCUUUCAUCCUCUAAUGGGAGCUUCUCCGGAGGCACCAUCGCCUACCCAUCUCUACAAGGAAUCGGCAAGCUUCUUUAUGGGGUCUCCUCUGUUCAGUCCCUCCUCGGACAAACGCUUCUGGAGCACUCUCAGAAGUCGCAUCGACGCGCUUCUCGAGGAUCGAAACUCCGAAAUCCCAACCGGGAAUUUUUCCCCGAGUCUUGAUUGCACUCUUUUGAAUGUCGGAGAUUCUGGACGUGCAAAACGAUUGAAGGAAGAUGCGUUGCUUUUGAUAAGAGGGUUUGACUCAGUUGCUCACACACUCUCUCAGCUUUCAAACAAUUUGGAUACGGCUCUUCAGGGAGCUAAUGAUCUAGCUAAACCGCCCACCUUAACAGAAAUAUUCCACAGCAGCUUGAAGAAAUCCGAGUCAGAGAGUAAAGAAGAGGAUUCAGGAAGACAACAGAAUCAAGAACAGCCCAAUAAAGGAUUGAAGAGAAAGUACAGCGACCAUUGCUCAGAGGAUCAAGGAGAUGACUCGAAGAAUGAGAAAGAGCAGGAUCCAACAGAUGGGAAGCUUAAGAAAGCCAAAAAUCUUGCGGUUUCAUUGGCAACAAAAGCAGCUUCACUUGCUAGGGAACUGAAGUCGAUUAAGUCGGAUUUACGCUUUAUGCAAGAGCGGUGCUCAGUCCUGGAGGAGGAGAACAGAGGGCUUAGAGACGGAUUCUCGAAAGGGACAAGACCCGAGGAAGAUGAUUUGGUGAGGCUUCAAUUGGAGGCACUGUUGGCUGAGAAAUCAAGAUUGGCAAACGAGAAUGCAAAUCUGAUAAGGGAAAACCAAUGCUUAAAACAACUUGUGGAGUACCACCAGCUGACCUCCCAAGAAGAAGACUUCUCUGCCGCUUCCUAUGAACAAGUCAUUCAGGAAAUGUGCUUAGACUUCUCCUCCCCGCCGCCGUCAAUACCGGAAGGUGACGGGAACGCAACUGAUGAAGAUCAGGGAGGAGAAGUUGCCGCCGAAUGCUUUCAAACACCGGCCGGCAACUUUUUUGGCUUCUCCGACGCUCUAAAUGAGUGUGACGAUCACUGAAACUGCUGACAUUUUGAGUUAUUCGAAUUCUGCCUGAUUUUUUUUUUUCCUUUUGCAAAUUGUUUCAUUUCGGAAAUAAAUUUCCCCGUAAAUUUCCGACCAUUAGUUACUUUC